AUGCAGCAUCUUCAACCACCCAUCCCUCCCCAAUUCCUUCGUCUAGCCAUCGCCAAGUUCUCCCAUACAACCACUACCAUCGAUCAUGCCGGUCCACUGACCUGGAAUCAUAUCCCUGGAAAUGGAGAUCUGGCUUGCAUAUUUGAGAAGUUCCUCGGCUCCGGCCUUGUGCCAUCAAAGAUGAUUCAGAAAGUGGUUCGAGGUGAUGGAAUCCUGGAGCAGCUUGAUCUCGUAUUCUUCACUCGCAUGGCAGCAAUGCAAGCCCAGCUGAUUCCACCUCCAAGGUCACAUUUUGCUGUCGUUGUGAAGUCGCCCUGUCUUGCAGUCAAGUAUCCUUAUGGUGGAACACAGAUUCGUCGAUUUCAGAUCAAGUUCACCACAGAGCGUGACUACUUCACGGCCUUGGCUCUUCUAGGUGAAAUCAACUGUCCAUUAACAGAAGGCAAGAUACCAGUUCCAGCAAUGCAACGAUUUCCUUCGGUGUCGUCAUGGACAUCAGGACAUCUUUCUUCCAUUGUCCCCAGGACCACAAACACAGCGGCGACUUCAACUGGCAGCAAUGGAGUUCACUUUUACCCCACAGGGGCGUUAGGAUCUGGAGGGACAACACCCAUUCGAGCAUCAUCUCCCGCGAGCACCAUUUCACACCCUGUCUCCAGGUUGGGCCCUGUACGAACUCUCAACCCCCCAUCCCGAAGCAUGGAACAGCUAGAUUUCUUCCAGCUGCAGCAUACCUCUGCUCCCGCACACGCCUCAAACAAAGAACCCGAUCUACCAAGCUCCCAGCUUUCCACCAUAUCUGCAAUUCAUGACAUCGACCAGUUAAACCAGAUGCUCCCUCCCAAGAGGGACCUGCCCUUCUCAAAGCCAACUUCAAAGCAACCGCGCGCUGCAAGCUUGACUCGAACAACACAGAAGGGUUCCCAGUCAGCUCCGUCGCCAAGUUCUCAACCCACAGAGCCAACGAAGGAUUCAGAACCUCGUCCAUAUCUUCCCGUAGUCGAGUCUAAUACUCAUUCGGGUGUUCCCGACUCCGAUCCCCAAAUCUUUUCCCAAACAAAUCCUUGUCCCGAGCCCAGCCAGCCAAUAUUGUUCAAUGAAGAACCCCCGGUUUCGCAAAACACAGCUUUGAUCUGCGAAUCUGCCGAACAGCUAUCUCAAGUACCCAGCCCCCAUAACGCAUCGCACACACAGAAUAACCCAACAACCUCGAACUGUAACCAUAACCCGGUCAGCAAACCAAACGAGAAAGAUCCAGCCGUGACGGAAGACCAUCUUGCACGGUAUCUGUCUUCACCAACAACUGAGAGAAUUGUCUUUCUCGAGAACUGGAUGUGCGAGUUGAUUGACGAUGACAGUUUCAUGGCUCUGUGCGAGGACGUGGAUGGGACAUGGAGGCGGUUUGCAUUCGGAAAGAAGCAGUGA